AUGGCCGUAAGGCCAUUCGUGCUCAUCGCUCUUCGCCAGCACCUCUCUUCCUCCGCCUUCUUUCUGCCCCGCCGCGCGGCCUCCGGAACUCCACUUGUCGUCGCGCAAGACCACUGUCAACAAAUUAAGCUCUACCGACAAAAGGAGCCGCCCAGGACGCCGCUUUUACGGCCAGAGACCGAUUUUUCCUCCACCCGCCGCCCCUCCGUCGUGUCCCUGCCUGAAACCAUGGCUCAGAGGAUUGGGAAAGCUAUUCGUCGUUCAGGCGCCCCGUCGAAGGCGCGGGCCUACCCCGACGUCAAUGUCAUACGCCCUAAGGAGUAUUGGGACUACGAGUCACUCACCGUUCAAUGGGGGGAGCAGGAUGAUUAUGAGGUGGUGAGGAAGGUGGGCAGGGGCAAAUACAGUGAGGUUUUCGAAGGCGUUCACACAACGGACAAUGAGAAGUGCAUUAUCAAGAUUCUAAAACCUGUGAAGAAGAAAAAGAUCAGGAGGGAGGUUAAGAUUUUGCAGAAUCUUUGUGGUGGGCCAAAUAUUGUGAAGUUGCUUGAUAUCGUAAGGGAUGAACAAUCAAAGACGACAAGUCUUGUAUUUGAGUAUGUGAAUAAUACAGACUUUAGAGUGCUGUAUCCAACACUUUCGGACUUUGACAUUAGAUAUUAUAUCUAUGAACUUCUCAAGGCAAGCAUUUUGGCCUUAGACUACUGCCAUUCUCAAGGCAUCAUGCAUAGAGAUGUGAAGCCCCACAAUAUCGCAAUAGAUCACGAGCAGCGUAAACUUCGCUUGAUAGAUUGGGGGCUUGCGGAAUUCUAUCAUCCUGGAAAAGAGUAUAAUGUUCGAGUAGCUUCAAGCAGAUAUUUUAAGGGCCCUGAACUUCUCGUGGAUUUGCAAGAUUAUGAUUACUCCUUGGACUUGUGGAGCCUGGGAUGUAUGUUUGCUGGAAUGAUAUUUCGCAAGGAGCCUUUCUUUUAUGGGCAUGAUAAUUAUGAUCAACUAGUGAAGAUUGCAAAGAUACUGGGGACAGAUGAAUUAAAUGCUUAUUUGAACAAGUACCGGUUGGAACUGGACCAACAUCUCUCUGCCCUUGUCGGAAGGCAUAGUAGAAAGCCAUGGACAAAGUUCAUUAAUGCUGAUAAUCAACAUUUAGCUGUUCCUGAGGCCGUUGAUUUUCUCGACAAAUUGUUGCGAUAUGACCAUCAAGAAAGGCCAACCGCAAAGGAAGCAAUGGCCCAUCCUUAUUUCUACCCCAUAAGGAAUGCAGAAAAUCGCCGUGCUCGUGGUCAAUAA